GGAUAUUUAUUUACAACAUAAAAAGAUAAUAAAAUUAUUUUUUAAUAUUGAUAAUAAGGUAAUUAAGGUGAAGAACAAGAAUAAUGGGGAAAUGUGGACGUGUAUUUGUUUUUGGUGCUGCUCUUUGCCUUGUGUGGUUAGCAGGUGUAGCUAACGCUCAUUACAACCAUUACCAUGUGAUGGGCAGUGUGUAUUGUGAUACUUGCCGAAUUCAAUUUAUCUCCCGUGUUAGCACCAUGAUGGAGGGUGCAACUGUGAGGUUGGAGUGCAGGAACAUUACUUCAGGUGUCCAAACCUUCAAAUCCGAAGCUGUAACUGACAACUUAGGGAUGUACAACAUUCGGGUAGAUGGUGAUUAUGAGGACGAUAUUUGUGAAAUUAUGCUAAUUAAAAGCCCCGACAAGGAAUGUACCGAAAUCUCUACUGAUGUUUAUGCCAAACAAUCCGCUAAAAUCAGCUUAACAUCCAACAAUGGCGAAGCCACUGAUAUUCGCAAUGCUAACCCUCUCGGAUUCAUGAGGAACACUCCUCUUCCCGAAUGCCCGGAGGUUCUUAAGGAGUUGGAUAUGAUCGAUGUUAAUGGUAAACCACAAGUCGGACCUAUAUGAUUUCUCAAAAAUUUUGGGGGAUUUUAUUUUAGUCCGGUACAAAUGUAUUACCAAAAUAAGCAUAUGACAUUAGAAAAAAGUUAAAUUUGUGAUUAAGGGUGUAAAAACAAUUUUAAUUAUAUAGAGGUGAAAUUUAUUUUUAUUAAGAAUUUGAAGUAAUCAAUACCCUUGUGAAUGUAGGAGCUAAUUAACUUGAACAUG